AUGGAAGCUGAACUUUACAAAUCCGCCCUGGUGGAUGCAAUUAUCCCAUCGGACACAGUCACCGAUGUCUCUGAGAUUCUACAAGCAGGGGCAGAGGCCCAGAAUGAAUCCAGCCAGCUUCUCGUCAUAGAGGAAAGAGAUCUACUCUUUUUCGAUGAAAGGUUGAGGACGCUGGCGGUCAUACGGCUGCCUCAUUGCGACGAAGCUGUCUUGGAGUCGUUUCUAUCACAACUCUCUUUCAAGAUUGACGUGUGGGCCAUCGAGGAGUCUCCGGGCAACGAACAAAAUACACCCAACGCAGCCCCUCCUAGAGACCUAGUUUAUUCGGCCGAGUCGAUUCAGAAAAAUGAACCUAUCGUCCUGGCCAGCGAGACUGCAAACCGCGGCCAGACCUUAACACUUGUCUGGGAAAUCGAAAUCCUCCUCAACCGACCCAGAUUUCGCGUUCCUCAGCCUGCCAUCAUUCUGAUCCCUUCCGCCACCGUCACUGCUCCUCAACGAGAUGAAAUCGACAAGAAUGACGAUCUCAAACCCUUUCAGCCUCUGGAAGCAAACGCACUUGAGCCCAUGCGUUUUCUCCCAGGGCUUAGGGAUAGUCCUCCGUACCUUGCUGCUUCGAGACUGGAACGAGUACUCCCCAUGACGACAACUCACAGGCACCGAGUCCAUCUCCAACAUGUUCCGUCUAGGCGGCAUAGAGCAGUACCUGCGACAAUGUCACGGAUACGGUAUCAAAAGGUGAAUGCUUACACCACAACUCCCGCAACUGUCGCUCUCCUGGACGUGGAUAUCAUCCCGUUUGUGCGAGUUGCCGCAACAAUUGAGCAUGUUGAUCUCUCCCUGAAGAAUGGGAGUACUGAGACUUUGAUGCCCGGAUUUCUGCCCAUGCAAGCCCGCUCAGGGGACUGCAUAACAUUCCUUUAUAGACUCCAUCAAAAGCUAGGCCCGAAUCGAACCCCUGGAUUUGGACUCGUCAACCCAAACAUUGACGUCCUGUCCAUUGGGAUCAGGCUAGCGAUCCAGUUGAGUGAGAAGUGCCAUCCAUUUCUCGUCAUGAAUUGGACUACCAACGUCGAUUUCACUCCAGUCCUAAACCCAUCGUUCGGCCCUCCUUCACAAUCCAUACAACGGCCAAAUCGGCCGACAAGUCUCCCGGUUCACCCUGACAGUGGUGGAGCAGCGUCCGUGGCCGCUGUUAGCACCAGCCUACAACCAGCUGUUGAGUUCGAUUCGAGGAGUGGAGUGUCAAUAUCUUUCACAGCUCCUGAUAUUCCGGUGCGAGUUGGCGAACCAUUCGCGUGGAAGGUCCUCGUCGUGAACAACUCUGCAAAGAUGGCCAAAAUCGCCAUCAUUCCCCUACCUCGGAUUCAACGUCAAGCUACUCAAACCCAAAUGCUCGCCAAACGGCACGCACCGAAGUCAUCUACUGCGUCCUUCCACCCAAGCGAGCGGCGACACACCAAAGAGGGCGAGGACAUUGAUAUCGCACAGGCAAUUGUCGACGAGAACGUCGUCUAUGCCAUGCACCACUCCUACCCAGUUCCACCGGAAACCGAUUUGCUGGCCUUGACAGCGGAGUUGCGGAUUGGUCCUUUGGCUCCUGACCAGUGCCAUGAGAGCGAGAUUCAGAUGGUCGCUUUUGAGGUCGGGACACUGCGAGCCGACGCGAUGCGAGUGGUAGAUCUAAUCAGAGAAGUGGAGGAAGGUGCUGCGGCAACGGGGGUCUUGGCCGAUAUCAGGGAUUUGCCCGAUAUUGUCGUUGUGAAGGCGACGAGCGAAAGAGAUUGA